AUGAAGUUAUCAGCUAUAAUCACUGCUUUAACUACCUCAAUUGCAUGCAUAUCAGGCUAUGAAACAACUGGUAAAGAAACUGUUGAUAUUUUAACUGACUAUAGGAUCAAAGAAACUCCCGAAGUUACUCAAAAAGAUGUUGCUAAUUGGGUUAAUGGUGAUGAAAUUACACUUCAAUAUACUGUAAAUAAUAAUGAACCAGAAGAAAUCACAGUCAUUGGAGUUACUGGAUCUUUCACUAAUCCAGUUACAAACCAAAUUGUUACAAAUUUGACUCAAGGUAGAGUUGGACCAGUUGUUAUUCCACCUGGUAAAUCAGAAAUUUUUGAACAAACUAUUUCUGUUGAUUUGAUUCCAAACAAUUAUGAGUUAAUUCCACAAGUGUUUAUUGCUCAUGAGGAAUUAAUUAAAGUUUUACCAUGUCGUGGUCAAUUAGCUUCAGUAAUUGAUAAAACAAUUUCAUUUUUUGAUCCAAGAUUAAUCUUUUUGGAAAUUGUUUUAUUAGCUUCAUUUAUUGCUUUAGCUUACUUAGGUUAUGAGAUUUGGGGAAAAUCUUAUUUCAAGGGUACUGCUCCUGUAAAAGCUGUUAAAGUUAAAAAGACUGGUGUUUCACCUGCUCCUGUUGGAUCUGCAUCUACUGGUGCAACCACUUACGAUAUUAAUUGGAUUCCAGAAGGACAUAUAAAGCAAAAAAAAACAAAAAAAGUGGCCUGA